AUUGGCCACAGUCUAGUCAUCCGCCGACGUAUCCCGAUCUAGGCGCGUAUUCGCAACAGCCCUACUUCUACCAGCAGCAGACCUCGUCAAUCCAUAAUCAUAAUAAUAGUGCCUCGUGGCCCACUACCACUACUACUGAGCCAUCGUCCUACUCCGGCUCGACUGCUCCCCCCACGACUUUGCCUGUAGCAGAGUCAUCAUCGGGCACUGCGACAAUGCCAUACUUUCCGCCAUCGACAUCUGCUCAUGCGGGCGACAUGCAUGAUGGCGUCCACGCUGCGACCACCUUCCAUUACUCCGAUGUUGACCCUGCCGCUCAGUACACAUCGUUUGGCACUGGCGCGGUGACAUCGCUGCAGCGGAGUUCGUCAUCCUUCUGCUUCGAUGAUGCCAGCAUGCAUUUGAAGAUCCAGAGUCUGCCCAUUCUCGAUAACUUGGCGACACAACUGAUCCACACCAUCUCCAAGGCCAGCUAUCCGCAGAUUCAAGACAUGAUGCGCAGCGAUGGCUCUGAAGACGGUCAAGCCUAUCGGACGCUCAAGAACCUCUUCGAUCAGACGCGGAAAGUGUACAGCCGGGAGACACCGUUCAUCGACGCCAUUGCCAUCCAAAUGUUCCAGCCGACUCAGCAAGAGAUCAUUCGCAAAGCAAACAUUGCCACCUUCAUCUCGAGCAUCCUGGGUGCUCACGACGUCAGCUUUUUCCACCUCAACGAGUUCUUCAUGGAGACCUUUGUUCCGCUCGGCCAUCGCCUACUGAAGUGGCAGGGUGCCAUCUACCUUGAACUCAAGACACAAACCUACAUUUCUGCACUGAUGAAUAGUGAUGGCAGUCGCGAAGAAAUGCUCGACGAACUCUUCCCGCCCGAUCUGGAUGCCCAGAUUCUCACGAGACACCCCGACGCACCGAGCUUGUCACCCAGCGAGCAAGACUUUAUUGAUCGAAGUCGAGCACGGAAGAGCUAUUUGCUCGCGGAGCCCAGCACGGAGGAAUCGAUGCAUGAACUGCCCAAGAAGUACCAAUGGACAGACUUUGUACGCGAGUUUGCAUCCUGCAUUACGAAGAAUGUGGACGGCAUCAUGAAUGUGCCUGUGCGCUCUCAAGCGAGUGGAGGAGCGAAAGGCACGAAUGCUGCCGCAGACUCGAAUAGUCAAAGUGGCAAUGGCGUUGCUCAUCCUGCAUUGGCUUCGGUCCAGAACUUGAACCUCAAUGCUAAGUCUGGCGAUGGUGCGGCUGCGAAGAAGUCCGCUCCCGCUGCCUCCACAAUACGUCAACCGUGGACAAAGCCCGAAGAAGAUGCACUCCUCGCAGGCCUCGAACGCGUGAACGGCCCUCACUGGUCACAGAUUCUGGCUUUGUAUGGCAGGGGUGGUUCGACCAGUGAAGUGCUCAAAGACCGAAAUCAGGUUCAGCUCAAGGACAAGGCUCGCAACCUCAAGCUGUGGUAUCUCAAGACUGGCAAAGAGGUGCCUCCAGCGCUGCGCGGUGUCACUGGGGAGCUGAGGAAACGCGGUGGUGCGAGAGCUCGGGCUGCCCUUGGCAUUGCCGACGAGGAACAAUCUUCCGCAGGCGUGGAGAAGGACGCGGAUGGCGAAAGUGGCGAAGGUGAAAAUGAUCGACGCACGGAGACCGUCCCGAAGUCUGGACGCGCAUCAAAAAAGUCCAAGAAGUGAAAAGAAGCCUCCAUGCUGACAGGAAAAUGAUACUUGAUCGACCUUGAGCAACUGCUGUUCGAUUCUUUAUCAAACGAAUAAAGAAGCGUCUACAUUGGGCCCAGUAGAUUCGGAUACGCUGGUGCGCACGGAGCAUCACCAGAGCUGCACACCAAAACUGGGGGAGAUGACAGACUGCACUGAUCCGACGAGCGGAAGCAGAACUGUUUUAGACCCGGAUCUCAUGAAAGAAGAAAGUCUCCUGCAGCGACGAAUGCACAAGCACGUCUCCAUGAGGUGUUGGCACGACUGGUGGCAGCACGAACUCUCGAAUAUGCCCUACCCUAGCUCCUGGAGGUAUACCUUUCUGCAAAAGGAGCACGAGUGGCCGGACAUCCAUCACGCACUGCCAUCUUCAAUCUCAUCGGAAUCACAGACUCCCUGGGUUCCUGGUGGUGCCGCAAAAAGAACAAAUAACGUUGUCCGUGAAGCCGGGCCACUCUGUACUCCUUACUGCGAGCCAGUAUCAGCAUCUAGAUGCCAUACACAUCCGUAGUCGAUCUGCCGGAAGACGAAAAGACCUGCCUACUACUUACUAUACACCCAAAAGGGUAGGUAGCGAGCGAGAAACACCACGAGGAUACAUCCACACGACACUUAAAAAAGUGAAGAGAGGGAAGAGAUGGGAAGAUCCACGGGAUUGAAUAAUUGGAUGUUGUGCAUCACAAAUAAGGUAUAUGUACCUGGUACCUUGGGUACCUUAUGUAUCUUACUGUGCGACAAACAGGGUAUCAUUGAACAAGACAGGUACAUACCUGUGCUUACUUUUUAUUUCC